AUGCAUUCUUCUCCUUCACAGCCUUUGAUUUUUGGAGUCCUCGGCAGCGGUGGUGGUUUGACUCCCCAGCUUGAAGAAUAUGAGAAGGAAGAUCAGGAGUUCAAAGGGAAGCCAGACCAUUUGGUUGGGAUACAAGAAUUAGGGUUGGGAGAGAGGGAAAAUUUAUCUCAUUUGUCCAAAGAUCAACAACAUUUCAAGCAAGUCAAAGAAAGGACGAGCUCAUGCAAAGAUCACGACCACCGCCAAUACCAACAACAAAACCAACAUUACCAACAACAAUCCAAGUCAAAUUACUUUGAUUUGGAUAAUUUCACCUUUGACCCUUCCUUCCCAUCCACUCAAACGAUCCAGGAUGCGGGGAAUCAGCUCAUGUACAGCCAAAUCGGAGGAUCAGACAUUGCGGAAACCAACAAGCAAAUGCCCCAUCAGUCUUCCUUAGCUGCGUUGGACCUCCUGAACAACUACGGCAGUGCGUUCAAGAAGCUGAGGGGAGACAGAUUAAGCAACAGAUGCAAUGAAGCUGAAGCCUCCUCAUAUUCGAUCCAACAAAAACUGUCAACUGAGGAGAUCAUGAGGGUUGCCGGAGCAAGGUAUGUGCAAAUCUCUGAUCAAGGAUAUGGCGAUUUUUUCAUGCCUUUGCACCCGUUUGGGUACGCGCUUUCAGGUCUAUCUGAAGAAGAAACGAAAGAUGUGGAGCUUGCUCACAUCCUUUUAGCUGCAGCAGAGAAGGUAGGCUACCAACAAUUUGAGCGCGCAAACCGCCUGCUUCUUCAUUGCGAAGUUGAUGCCUCCUUCAAGGUCAACGGUGUUCAGAGGGUUGUUUUCUAUUUCACCGAGGCGCUUCGCGAGAGAAUAAAACAGGAAACGGGGAACAGCAUGUAA